CGAUAAGAAGCGAGCGGAGGUAUCACGUGCGUGCUAACUAUGCAUAAUUUUGCACCAACGAUAAAAACUGACGCUAAAAAUAUUUUUUACUAAUAGAUUGUACUAAGGAACUAAGUCGAAAUUUUUAUCUUGAGUGAUUCCCCCUCGAUAAGCCAAUGUACCGUAGUUCGAGACGCAAUACGUUUUUGUCCUUAUUACUUAAUUAUACGUUUCAUGAUUUAUUAUAAGUGUCAUGCAUUCUGCAUUGAACAGUAUUUGCAUUGUGAACACAAUUCAGCGAUAUCUCAGUAAGGUACUCUAGGAAAACAAAUAUCUCUAUAAUAAAAAGCCUUAUUUGAAUUAUUUUUUCAUAUUUUUUAAAACAUUUUAAAAAUAUUAGAUAGCACUACAUAACACGUAACAUCGCCUUCUUAUGAUUUAUCGCUACAAUAUAAGAAAACCCUUUAAUUUAUCAAAUGAGUGAAGACCUGUUCUAAAUCUAUUCUGCGGUCAAACUCAAGCAUGGCAGUGAAAUAUGCAAAAUGACAGGAAGAAAGUAAAGGACGUCUCGCCGGCAGGAAGUAAAAGUCCGCCGCUAGGAGCGGACCAUGUGACGCGGUGAGUGUUUGUUUUCAUGUUAGUAGGUAAACGACCUUUAGUGCGUUUUUAUGUGCGGCCGGGCCAGCACGCCCCCCGCGCCCCGCCCUGCCACCCGCUGCCACCCGCCGUCUGGGUGUGCAUUUCACACGUCAUUCUCGGGGACAAUGAACGUACUCAAAAUCAGUGGCGGCUCCUAAUGUUUACCAUCUUUUCAACGCGCCGCCGCCGGCACAGAAGAGGGAAGAGGAUGGGGAGCGGGACGCGGAGGGAGAGAGAAAGAGCGCGAAUGAAGAGAAAGAGAAGAUCGCCGGCGCUGCUCUGGAUGUAGUUGGCGAAUCUGACCGCAGGAUGGCGCUCGCAUCGCCUCCCGACUCCCGUGCCGCCGCCGUGCGACGGAGACGGCUGCCGGGCAAGGGGCGCAAGUGCGAGAGAGAUGGCGAGCCCGCUCCCGGCCCCCUCCCGUGCCCUCCCACCCCCCCGGUGCGACGAGGACGCGGCGAGCCGCUGCGCGCGGGAGCGACAGGGACAGUCGCGCCGCCGAGCCGCCGAGGCCGGUUGCGCCGAGCAGCGCGCUCAUUCAUCGGGGGCCGGCGCGCGCGCUGAUUGGCUGGCCCGGCGCGGCCCGCGACGUGAUUGGCUGGCCGGACGACGGGCCGGCGGCGCGGGAGGGGCACGGGCGGGCGCGGUGGGCGGCCAUGGCAUCGGCGGCCCAGCCAGGGAGCCUAGCGCUUACGCCAUUAUUCUAAGGGGUUACAUUUUAGGUGAGAGAGAACAAGUAUAGUUGUACGGGGCAAUAGUUGGGAUAUACAGCGACCAUAAAGGAUUGGAAGACGGCGCCGCCCCGGCCGCGUGUGCAGUUCAGUGUGGUGCGAGCGUGCGGGUACAGUGCAAGUGCAGUGAGUGUGUCGUGAGUGUGCGUGUGUCAGUGAUGGCUCGACGGGGGCCUGUCGCGAUGGCCGAGGCCGUCCUGUGAGUGCCGUCCCCGCCACGUCGCCGCGCGCACCAUGACGUCCAAGUUCAUCAUCGAUAGCAUGCUCCCCAAGUACCACCAGCAGUUCCAGCAGCACCACAGCCAGUUGGGGCUCUUGAACCCCGUCAUCACGUCCUCGUCGUCCACCGACUCGUCCAGCCUCGGCUCCGUCGUCAACUACUCGUCCACGUCGUCGUCGUCCUCGCCGCCGCCCAGCGCCGCCCUGGUGAGCUCGAGGAUGUACCCGUACGUGUCGGCGGCGGCCGCGCACCACCACCACCAGCAGCAGGCCGCCGCGGCCGCCGCGUUCGGCGCCACCUCCAUGGUCCCCGGCAGCUUCACCUCGUCGUCGACGGCCGCCCUGGCCGCCGCCGUGGACGCUGCCGCCGCAGACAAGUCGUGCCGGUACACGGCCGCGCUCACCGGCAACGUGCCCACCCCCGACUCGAUGGUCAACUACGCCCUAGGUCACCAGAACGGUUCCUCCGUUUCGGCUAACUCGGUGUCGGCCGCCUCGGCGUCCAUGGCCGCGGCCGCCCAGUUCUACCACCAGGCGGCUGCGGCGUCGGCAGCGGCAGACCCGCUCAACAGCUGCUCCCAACCGGGGGCGGCUGCCACCCAGCCCCUGCCUGACAUCCCUCGAUACCCCUGGAUGUCCAUAACCGAUUGGAUGAGUCCCUUCGACCGAGUUGUAUGUGGUGGACCUACAGCCAGACAGACACCUGGCCUCGCGGAUAUCUAUGGGGAUUUUAUUAGAGGUCCAAAUGGCUGCCCGAGGCGCAGAGGUCGACAAACGUACACCCGGUUUCAGACCCUCGAGCUGGAGAAGGAGUUCCACUUCAACCACUACCUGACGCGGCGGCGGCGGAUCGAGAUCGCACACGCCCUCUGUCUAACCGAGAGGCAAAUUAAAAUUUGGUUCCAAAACCGGCGAAUGAAGCUGAAAAAGGAACUGCGAGCAGUGAAGGAAAUAAACGAACAGGCAAGGAGAGAGAGGGAAGAGCAGGAGCGGCUCAAGCAGCAGCAGCAGGAGAAGCAAGCCAAGCUUGACCAACCUCAACAGCAGCAACAGCAGCAGCCUCAGCAGCAGCAUCAUUCUAGUCACCACCACCACCAGCAACCGCAACACGAUCACAGCAAGCUCCUCGGGGGACUUGGGGAUAAAAUGGGUGUGCCGGGAGCGGACCUACUGAAAGCUGUCAGCAAAGUGCCCACAUAGAGAUUAAGGUUCUCAUAUACCUAAACAAAUACGUAAUAGUUAUUCGUAAUAUUACUUCUGUAAGCCCUUUCAUGACGUACGAGAAUGUUGCCUACCCUCGAGCAACGUUUCUGUAUAUAACGCUCUCUCUACGUCCCCGUGUUCUAUGUGACAUAUGUUCAACGGUUGCCCCGGAAUGGAAAUUUAAAACGCGUUGCAUCUUCGAAGUAGUCUAAAGUAAAGCGGGUCCAAUAUCUUGCCUUUACCUAAUACGUAACUCUUUUGACGUUGGCCUAAGUAUUAAAAAAAUAUUGUCUCUGCUCUAAAUUUGUAGCCUUCUUUUGAAAUUACCUACCUUCAGCAAAGGAAAGGCUCGUCCAAAAAUGUUUCUUAUCUUUUCAAAUGAAGAAAAAAGAAAAUUUAUGAUGCAUGCAACUACUUGGAGUCUUUGAAAAGUCUUAGCUUUAACCUAGUAUUUUGCGUUUCUCCAUCUACAUUGUAGUUACGGGGAACCGGUUGGAAAGUCGCGAACACUCUAAAGAAUACUUGACAAAUGCCAUUUAUUGUUACCUGAGAUAAAGAUUGGUGUACUCUUAGCAAAACUAGAUAAAUUUUCAAUACGUAAAGAAUUAUUGCAGCAUGUUAAUUAGGAACACUUCAAGUCGUUUCUAUUUCAAAAUUGCAAGAUAGUUGCUACUCACCAGUAGCGAAUAUUCACUACUCGUUUUCUUUUAACAAUCUUUUCAGAUAAUUAAAGCAGGGAAAGUUUGCGAGAAUAUAUGUGUUUCUGUAUUGUAAUAAGAAUAUGUUUGCAAUUAGUGGUUUCGGAGCGUGUUGCAACGGGAUGCUCCAAGGCACUGCUGUCCCACAGGACUGCGAUUCAAGCUGAGAGACACCCUUGUUGCUAACUUGUUUUAUGAUGUGAUUUUAAUACGUAUUUUGUUACUUGUUAUUUUUAAAUAUUUUGUCCUUUUUGGUUAUGAGUAUAACUAUGGAUCAGUCUAGAAUUUGAUACUAACUGCCAUUAUUAAUUUACGAAGAACUUAUUAUUUCUUAUGAGUUAUUGUUUAGUAAAAAGAUUAUUUAAAUGUUUUAUGUGCAUUUUCCACCUACCAGCUCAUGUCGUACACAGUAUGAUGAUGAAAGCAGGUGUAUAUUGUUUUUCUGGACCGUGUCAUAAAAGAACACGAAAGAUCGUUUCCUUUUACCAUCAGUAAGCCUUUGCAUUAUUUUGUGAUUAUUUAACAUGUAGGCAAACUUGUUCAGUUUACCUACCCAAAGUAGCAUAUAAGAUAGGCUAAGUAUUUAAGCUCACCUGAAUUAUCUUGCCAUGUCGCCUUCCCUAUUCAAGAAGACAUUCCUCACAACGUUCCAUACACUGAUGUUUCUUUUGUAUUAGCUUGCCCGAAGCGUUCAUUUUUGACCAGAUAGUACACGUAUUUAAUGGAAAAAUUUCAUGCUAAGGCUGCAAAGAUGGUUUCUGUUACAAAUUCUCCUUUAACCAGUUUAAGGGUGUCCUACAACUAAGUACAAAUUGUACGAAGAAUCGUCGGGGCUGCAUGGCAGGAAAAUUUUGCACGAGUGACUGUGCUCCGUAAUGUAUCCAUUAACUUUUAGGUUUUCAAAUAUGACUUAGUAAUGUCUAUGUCUCAAUAUGAGUCUACUCUCUGACAAAGUUGAAGUCCAAAUUGAGGAUUGUGAUUGUUCCUGUAUUUUUAGGCAUAAUUACACAAACGGUGAAUCGUAAUUGUUUCCUUGUGCCAAUGUAAUUUUACCCCUUUUAUUGUUAUAAAUUCAUCUGAAUUUCGCUUUCAAGAGAUCGACGCCCGGAGUUUGCCGUUUCUUGGUCCAUACUGAGAAAGUUACAAGUUCGCGAACAAAAGUAUAGUAAUGUAAUGCAAUGGUUUUUAUAAAUAUUUGGAAAGAAUUAAGUACAAAUCCGAUUUAAGUGCUUCAAAGCCAUGUUAUAAAACAAUUACCACGAAAAUAUUUAAAGCUGAAAAAUACCGAUAAUGGUCCACGCAUAAUGGAAGGCACACAAUGCUGAGUCGACAAAGUGAUAUAAAAAGUAGCAGUUAUACGUAAUUUGGUGUCAGGGUAGGACGUUUUUUGUAGCGAUAGAACAAUUUUAGAGUAAAUUAUUUAUUAAUUUCAUUGUUAAAAUGAUAACUAUCACUCUAAUCUCCAGUAGAAGCUUCUCUCUGAUUUGCUAAUUGCCUCAGUGCAGAUCUCAUUUUUUGUUAAAUUUUUCUUGCCCAUAAAGUUUCAUUAUAAUAUACUCGUAGGAAUGAAUCGCCUUUGUAAAGUGUGCUCGUGCAAUCAUAGUCUCUCAAAACGAAUCAUUUUUCUUGGGCAAUCAUGAACUGUUUUAGUAAAAAUUAUGGAUAUUUCUGGGAGGUCUCUAUUCACGAAGUAUUUUUUUACUGGCAGAAGGUGAAGGACUUCUAGCCCUCAAAUCCGUCGUACAAGCACAAUAUUUCUUGACACAUGUAGGACAUUUUCUUAUAUUUUAUCUUACGACAACGUAGUCCCUUUAUAUUAACUGGUCACAAUAUCGGCUUUUUCUUGAAGUGGCUAUGCAAUUGCUGCUUCAUAAUAUUUGAGUUGUGCAGACUGAUUUUCCCCCUUCCUCAAACUUGGUGCAAUACAAUAUGCUUAAAUUGUGAGUAUAACUUCACAGCAAGUACAAAAUAUGUCAAGAAAACGUAAUAUCUCCCGCGUCUAAGCAUUUCGGGGAUAGCUGUGAUAUUGCCCCUACGGCAUGUAUGAUGUGUACUAUAAUGUGCUUUUCUGUGUCGUUGUGCAAGGUUGCUGAAGACAUUCAAGAGGUUGGAUAAAUGCGACCGCUGCAAAUGCAAAAAUAAUCCUCUGUUAGUGGCAGAAGCUCGACAAACGCCAACAGAUAUUCGUACUCUGAAGUAAUUUCAGUUCCCUUAAGCUCUUGUUUUCUGCGAAUCGUUGGUUUAGCAUACGUAUGACUGAUUGGGCCUCCAAUAUAUAUAUAUUUAAGGUGUUCAAUGGACAGUAUUUUCUCGUUUUGUUGGUUUUGCAUAAUGAUUUUAUUUGUGAUAUAGCAAGUAGGUAUAACAUCAAAACUUGCAACACAGCUCCUUUUUAAUGCGAAAACUGUGUAACAGACGUUUCCCAAGACUCAAUAAAAGACGAAUUCCAAUUGAGGCUUGACAUGGCUAAAUAAAAGGGAGACAGCCACUCUUACAGCAAGUUCUCUCGCUUAUAAUUUUCAUUAUAACCAGACAUUCAUUUAAUAAAGUUUCUGCGUGGCGUUUCAAAACGUCAAGGGGCAUUGUGCUUUAAGUUUUGUAUUUGUUAAAAAGUGUGAUGUGUCUCAUGUGUAUGAUGAAUGUGUUUUAGUAAUGGAACAUUUCAAUAUGAUUCAAACAAAAUUUCCUGUGUCCUUUUUUGGAAAAAUUGCAAUGUUUAUGUUCGUGGAAAAAACGGAAAGGAAUUGAACGAGACAUUAGCUUUAGUCGACCUUUUUGUGUAAAUAAAGGAUUUUAAAUCUCUA